CUGACUUUCAACCCACCUGCUUCUUUCAGGAGUGUCUGUUCUGCCGUUCAACGCCGCAGCUUCAUAGCCAUCAAUGAACCCAUUCAAACCUAUGCAGCCAAGAGCCCAGAGCGGGAGCAACUUGAAAGCGCCCUGCAGGAUAUGAAAUCCAAGGCGCCGUUCACUGUCCCUAUCUGCAUAGGCAGCGAAGAAUUAACCUCGCAGGAGGUCCUCGCGCACCCUUUUCCUUUUGACAACAAAAAAACCUUUACCAAAAGCUAUAUGGCGGAUGAGAAACAAGUCAAGAAGGCAGUAGAUACGUGUUUGAAGGCUCGAGAGACCUGGUUCAGACAGCCCUUCAAACAACGAGCCGAAGUUUUCCUCAGGGCGGCUGAUCUGAUCGCCGGCAAGUAUCGAUACGAGCUCUUGGCUGCCACAAUGUUGGGCCAGGGGAAGACCAUUUUUCAGGCUGAGAUCGAUGCCGCAGCAGAGUUGGCCGACUUUCUGCGUUUCAAUAUCCAGUUUGCAGAGGCUGCCCUGGACUACAAACCCCUGAGCUCAGAGGACUGUCAUAAUCAGGUCAUCUACCGACCGACAGAGGGUUUCUGGGCUGCUUUACCGCCCUUCAAUUUUACCGCCAUUGCGGGCAACUUGGCCUCGGCACCUGCCUUGAUGGGAAAUGCAGUGAUUUGGAAACCGUCUCCCUCCGCAGUCUACUCAAACUACGUUAUUUUCAAGUGGGUGCUUGUGUUUGUUUGCUAA